AAAAAAGGACGCGGUCGUGGACCAAACCGUUCCCCAAAAUUUCCCCUCCCCCCGAACCAACGAACGCUCGAUCCGAUCUCGAUCCCUGCAGGGUGACGCCCAGAAUCCACGAUCCGACCCCGGAUCUGCUCGUCGCUGCACGAGACCUCUCGAUCGGACAAGCAUGCUGUAUCAAGAAAACAGUGAAUCUUUUGUGAGGCAUAGCUCCGAACAGCUUGCAUGUAGCAACAUGAGGGGAACGGAUGAUGGUCGUUCAGAUUUCCUUCCUGAGAAAUGCCAGAUUGCAGUUUGUCCUGAAGUUUGUCAAAGGGGUGAAAAAGUCGGCCCAUUCGAUGAAGAGUUGGUACAUGGUGUUCAUCUAGCCAGUGCUGCUGUUCAGCCAUCAUUGACGGAAAGUGGUGUCAGAGAAGCACUGAUGAUGGAUCAUAACAAGAGACCUGCAUCUGAUGACAUGCCAGACAUAGUUGAAUGCAAGCGGCUGAAGCAGGAAGAUCAGAUUAUAUCCAAGAAGGAUAACUAUAAAGCAGAUGCUUAUGAGGAUGCUCGUGAGUAUCCCACAUACAUGACAUGUGAAAGAAGCUUCGACUCACCAGCAUACGAGAUUGAGGAAAGUGAAGAUGAGGGUGUAGAUUCACCUGUCCAUUUUUCACUUGCACAUACUUGUGUUGAAGACGACCUAUGGCCUGCCAGUUUUCAUCAAUCUGUGGGUCUUUGCCCCACAAGGAAACCUGUUCCUAUCGGGCUAAAUCAUCAGGCUGAAUUACCAGAGUGUAGGCCAUUUGGUACAAAGUGCAGCUCCAUUGAUGAUAAAGUUGUUGUUUCAGCACCCUCUCACAUAUCUGAUGGAAGCACUGAAGAAGACGAGAGUGACAAGUGGAUCAGAAACUGUGUCAUGCCAAUGCCUGAUACAGAUGCAUUUUCUUCUAUACUGAAACCUGUUUACUGUAAGGCAGGCUGUGAUUGUGUUGAUGAAGAUUCAAUCAAUUGUGUGAGGAAACAUGUGAGGGAAGCAAGAGAAACGCUGAAGGUUUCCAUUGGUGCAGACACCUUCAAGGAGUUGGGGUUAUAUAAUAUGGGAGAGGAGGUAGCCUCAAGAUGGACAGAAGAGGAGAAACAUUUAUUCCAGGAAGUGGUCUCAGCAAAUCCUGCUUCUUUGCGCAGAAACUUUUGGGAUGAACUCCCUCUUGCUUUCCCAUCUAAGUCCAGCAAAGAAUUAGUGAGCUACUACUUCAAUGUCUUCAUGUUAAGGAAGAGGGCUGAGCAGAACAGGUUUGAUCCAAUGAAUGCUGACAGUGACGAUGACGAGUGGCAGGUGGGUGGUGAUGGUGAGUUUGCGAUCAAAGAAAGAGCUGAUGAAUAUUUGCCAACUGAGUCCCUUACCGAUCAAGAUGAUGGUGCAUGCAAUCGAGUCCCUACGGAGGGCAACUUCUAUGAAGAUUCUGAUGAAGAAAAUGAGCUUGAUAAUGCUAGUGGAGACAAGCAUGAUGGUGUGCAGGGGGGUGGAAUGUUGGCGGAGGGUCUUCCUGUCAUGUCAUUUAUGGAUCAUAAUCAGCAGACCUCCAAGUUGGAUGCAGAUGCACAAGAUGACUCGUGCACUUCAUUUGAGGCUCAUCAGGUUGGCGUUGAAGAUGGGACACCUACUGACAUUGCCGAAGACCACCACUACAGGAACAACUGUUUUGGUGGCGUUGCAGAACAUGGAUUCUUUGGUGACCAUUGCGAUACAAAAGUGUGGGAAAUUGGAUUCACUAGCGGGUGGGAGAAGGAUGAAUUUUUGUCAACGAACAAUGUCAUAGAAGAGGUGUUUGGAAAGGGAUCUUGGGAAAAUGGAAGUGACGCUGCUGGUGGUCAGGACAUUAUCUAAGCCAAGAAGGCGGAGGUAGAAUUUCAGCAGCGAAAGCUUAGCAGUUUCCCCUGCUUUCAAAAUUUGUACAGCAGUAGUUUGUCAUUUUGGUUCGAGGUUUCACUUGAUCGUUAUAGGAAUCUCAUCCCUGUCCUUGGAAUAUGUUCUUAAGAAACGCGAUUUCAGUCUCAUGAUUAAUAUAAAUGAAAUCCGUAGAUGCUAUUGUUAUCUGUCGAUGAUCUGCUGUAGUCUGUAGCCUGUACGUAUUGUUGUUAUGACAGUCUCUGGACCUGAGCAUUUUUUCCAUGUGCUAGCGAGGGUCAUGUAAUAAAAGCUGUUAUUGUUCCUUGA